CCGCACGCACCGGAGCAGCAGCGGUGAGUGUUUCCUCUGUCACGCACGGCUUGAACCAAAAGAGACACACCGGCUAUGGACAGGUUGGCAGAGCGGAUUCCCAGCCACGGAUCGGGCUGGUGAGCGGGUCGAUAACCUUCACCUCGGAGAGAGGCGGGGACGUGGCUGCUAGAUAUUUUACGCACCGGCAUGCCACUGCGCUGCUGCCGGGACUACAGAGGCUGGAGCGCAACACGCUGAGAGACAUAUUUACAAUAGAAACUCAAUUCCUUCGCAGGGGAGAAUAGCAGGAGGGAGGAGGAGGAGUGAAAGAUAACACUGGAAUGAAGUGGACCUCGACAUUCCCAGCGUGCUGCGGAGUUGUGACUGAUGGAUGAACGUGGUCAUCUGUAGGGAGGGGGGGGAUCUACAGCGACAGGUACAGACACCGCCAGGAGAGAGAGGUCUGACAAAGACAUCAGCCGCCGCAUCGUGUCUCCACAGCAAACUGGUUAGAUCUGUUCCACAGCGCAUCAGAUCGCAUCGCCGAGUCGACCUCCGUGGAGCAUCAGAGGCCGUGAAGGGCUGUGGGUGUCUGAGCCACAGGUCAUCCAGGACACUCGGGGCUGCGCUCCGUCCACAUCCCGUCAACAACAACGGGGAGAACCCGGGGGAGCUCCUGCGGACAGUUCAGUGAAGGACCCGCGGGUGUGGAGCAUUUCGUGUUGUCCAGCGGGACAUGUAUCUGGCAUCGACCUCACAUGCUCCCGACUGAUCGUUGCUCACCUUCCCACCGCGCUUAAAGGCUGCCAGGCGCACCGUGCGCCCGACUUGUUCCGAGUUCCUCGGCCGCACUCCGUCCGCUGUUGUCCGCUCACCGAUCAGAAUGGCGGGACUCGCUUGUUGGAAGUAUUACCUCUGGAUCUUUAUUUUACUGUGCAGGUCGGCGCUACCUUCGGCGAAGUUGAUGGAGUCUAUAAUCUGGAGCUCGCAGAAUCCCAAGUUUGUGACUGGAAAGGGUCUGGUGAUCUACCCAGACAUCGGGGACAAGCUGGACAUCAUCUGUCCCAAGGCCGACCAGGGCAGAGAGUAUGAGUUCUACAAGCUGUACCUGGUGAAGAGGGAGCAGGCAGAGGCCUGCAGUACAGUCCUCGAUCCCAACGUCCUGGUCAACUGCAACAAGCCCGAGAAGGACAUCAAGUUCACCAUCAAAUUCCAGGAGUUCAGCCCCAACUACAUGGGUCUGGAGUUCAAGAAGAACGUGAACUACUACAUCACCUCAACCUCCAAUGGCACAGUCGAGACCCUGGAGAACCGCGAGGGGGGCGCGUGCAAGAGCCGAUCCAUGAAAGUCAUCAUGAAAGUCGGACAAGUUCCAAAUGCGGUGAAUCCCGUGGCGCCAGAGACUCCUGAAGACAACGCCAUACCGGAGUCCAGUCCCAGCCGCCCACCUGACCAAGGGGGGCCCGAGAUGCCAGGAAACCCUGACACCAUGAAUCAGGACCAGGGUUCCUCGUCCAACUCGGACAGCAUCUUCGGAUCCAAGAUGGGCCUGUUCCUCGCCAUUGGCGCAGGCUGCAUCAUCUUCCUCCUGCUCAUCCUCCUCCUCGUCAUCCUGCUCAUCAAGAUGCGCAAGCGGGCUAGGAAAAACGCCCACUCCCAGCCCCGCCCCUCGGCGCUGUCGCUCAGCACGCUGUCCAAUCCCAAGAUGCCCGGGGGCACAGCUGGCACUGAGCCCAGCGACAUCAUCAUUCCGCUGCGGACAGAGAACAACUACUGCCCUCACUACGAGAAGGUGAGCGGCGACUAUGGCCACCCCGUCUACAUUGUCCAGGAGAUGCCCCCGCAGAGCCCCGCCAACAUCUACUACAAAGUCUGACAUGCUCCGCACAGCCCGCGACAGCCAGGAGAGAGAAAGGAGGAGCGCUUGAUUUAUGUUCCUGGGAAGAACACCUUCCUUUGCAUUCUGGGGACUUGAUGCUUCUGCAAGCCCCUGUUAUUUCUACCACCUGCUGCACAAAUCUGGAGAGACACACACUGACCAGUAACCAGCGGGGUUGUGAGCUGACUGAUGAGAGGUUUAUUCUGUUUGUUUGGGUUUGUCUGAAAAUCCCCACCCUCCUCUUCCUCCUCCUCCUCCUCCUCCUCCCUUCACCUCCCGACUUCUACGUCUCCCUGCUGUGCGCCAACAGGGGGGCAGGGCUGGAGCAAACCAACAGAUGGAACUUUAGCUUCCUAGUUUGCUGUCCCCUUUAAUGGGCAGGAUAUAACUUAUCUCAGUUCCCUGAAGUACAGUCUGUGCUACACCCAAUUAAACACACCACCCGAGCACACAUAGCCAGGAGCGGGCAGACACAGGCCCCAAACGCCACUCAGCCUGCAGUUUGUGUGUGCAAGCAUAAAAUGUGUGUGUGAGAGUGUGUGUGUGUGUGUGUGUGUGUGUGUAUGUGUGUGUGUGUGUUAGUCAGGGCUCCGCGCUGGACCAGGAAACUCUCCAGAUAGCUCAGGUAUCAGACACAGUGUGUGAAAUGAUGUGUUCCUCUCCCUUCGCACCUCUGAUGUUUGCCUUACUUACUAUUUUUGAUGGAGGAUUUCCUCGAACCCUGCGUCAGUUCACAAAGCAGUUGUAUUUUGUUAGACUUUUCCUACCAGUGCACAAUGUAUAGAGUUGAAUAGAUCAUCGUUAUUACCCCCCAUCUUCUCACUCACCCACGUCAUCCAUUGCAUUCAAUCUUUGUCCUCCCCCAAAAUUAUGACCUUGCCCUGGACUGUUGAAGUCGAGGUGUGUACGUGAACGUGUAUAUUAGUAUUUGUACAUGUGUGUGCUCCUGGGAAUACUACCCUCUCCACUGGUCUGAUGGGAGCUUUACCAUUGCCCUGGUAUUUAUGACCUACUUGUGUGUAUCUGUGUCCCCUGGGAGUAUAUGUGUGUGUGUGUGUGUGUGUGUUUGUGUUUGACAUGUCUAGACCAGUCUAGUAUCCGGGCAGACUUAUUGGCUUAGGGGUAAAACUGUAAGUUACUGUAUCGUGCGCUUCAAAAACAAGACGGACAGACUAACACUCUGAAGAGACAGACAUGCCUGAGAUCUCACAACACCAAUCUAACGCUCUGGCUGGCGUCAACUGAAGGUUUUCGCUUUUUUCCGCGUGUGUGUGUCUGAUGAGCUUUCAGGCUUUGAAAAAAAAAAAAAAUAGCAGGCAGGUUGAUAUUUGUUUGUUCCAGCUUCUGGUGCUACAGUGUUAGGAUCAAAUGGUUCGCCGCAUGCCUGCUGCUAGGCGAGGUGGGACGUAGGCUGGGUGCUCGCCGCUGAUUGGCUGGCCUACAUAGGUAAGGAUGCCCUAUAUAUAAAGUUGGAUGGCGAGCCGCGGCGGAACAUCGAGAUGCAUUAUUGUCCGAUGCCAAUUGGCUGCCAUCUGUGGAUGAGUCAGUGGAGUGUGCAGUCAGUGGUGUCGCCAGCAUGUGACUAAUCUAUGUGCCAUCUCCAGUGCCCACACUCACCAGCCGGGGAGGAGAGAGGGAGAGAGGGCGAGAGAGAUAGAGAGCGAGGGGGGGAUGAGGAGAAAAUGUUCCUGUGACUUGGCUUUAACCCGAGAGGGAAGAUGGCAGUGGGAAUGGGAGGUGGGGUGAAGGGGGUGGGGGCGGGUGGGGGGUAGUUUAACAUUCUUUAUUAUCUUUUUCUUUUUUUUUCAUCCUCUCACCAGUUGUGCUGUGAAUGGAAAAUGCUGUGCAGAAUAUUCCUCAGUCAAGGUGUUCAGCCGGCCGAGGGAACUGCAGCUCAGCUAUCACACAGCCCAGGGCAGCGGCACCGAGGCAGGAUUUACUGCAGCCGGAGGUGUGCACACUAAAAGCUCCCCUUUUAGGUGUGGGGGGGAGGGGGGAGGUGGGGGACGGCAGGUGAUUGAAUCUGUCUGUGUGAACAUGUAGGUGCUUCUACAUGUGCUUACAUGUGCUUAAAUUCGCAGUUGCUCCCUCCACGUGUGUGUGUAGGUGUAUAUAUGUGUGUGUGUGUGUGUGUGUGUGGAAGCUUCUGUGGUCUCGCCGCUGAACACACUUGUUUCGGGGCCUGGAAGGUGGAGCGCUCUCCGACAGUGUGGCUGCCAGAGUGCGGAGCGCCGCAGUCCCGCCUAAUGAUGUGUGAGAGGAGAGCAGGGGGAGAUAAGAGCGGCCAUUCCUCAGCAUGCAGACGCGAGCUGACGUUUGAUGCCCAUGUGCACACACACACACACACACGCGCCGGCACACCGAGACUGACGGGUUCAGGUUUUUAUCUCCAGUCAAACGGUCGCACUGCCGGUGAAUGUUUACUCACCGGGCGGAGGGGGGCCUAUCAUCCGCUGCCACAAACUAUUGCCAUCCGCAGACACACACUGCUGGGAUAGAAAAAAGAGCAGCCCAGCCUGAAGACUCGGGGAAGACUCCGAUAGCUUUUCUCUCGUGUCGUUAACCUUGGAGUUAACAACCUAAGCAGAUGCUCGUGCUUCUCGCGGCCCUGUGUUUUAACUCAGCAUGCAGCCCUCGGCGGCCCCUCUGUGAAACACAUCCAGAUCACAUAUUUUUGUUUCGGGCCGAUGCGCAUCCAUUCACCUAAACCAGCCAAGGGAGUCAUUACCAAAUUACCACAAACCAUAUCUCAUUUUCAUUCAUUCUCGUGACCACUUCACGUUGUUCAAAUUUGGGGGGUAGAAAAAAACAAACUCAAGAGGAGAUAUCUGAGAAAUGUAAAUAUAUGGAUAGAGCCCAAUUUAAGAUGUAAUUUCACCUGAACACUGCUCAUAAAAAAAAUUUAAGAUUAGAUUUUUGUAAUGGAGGAUGUUUGUAAAUAGCUGUCUUUUUAAAAGUGUGUUUUGUAUGAAUCCUUGCAUUUUUGUCUCUGUUUGCAAUAUGAUUUGAUUUCAUUUUCUUUUAGGGUUAAAACCGAUUAUUGCAACGGACACACGAGCUGUCUUUUGAUUUGCAGUGUCCAGUAUUGUCAAAAAAGUCUUUGUUACCACACGUGUUAUAGAGAAAAAAAGAGAAAAACACAAAAACCCGGGGGUUCAGAGUUUUAACAUCGCCAUUCAACAGGAUCCUAGCUGCUCAGAAACUGUUCAGGACGGAAGCAGCUUUGAAAUGGAGAAGUCAUGAUAAUGAUAAGAGCUCCUUUCCCUGUUGGAGACAGCACCCAACUCUGCAUAUGAAGACUGUGUUAUUCCACUGCCUUUGAGCUAUACCCACACCUUCCACUCCAUUAUGAGAUGUAACAAAAACAUUUUUGGUCCACAAUGAUUAAUCUUCUCUCCAUUUUUAAUAAGGCCAGACGAAGAGAGAGAGACGGAGAGAGAGCAAACGGGAGGGGGGGAGAAAAGGAGAGGAACAUAGAAAAAAGGGGGCCACGUAUGAGAGUGUGACCGCUGCACUCGCCAAUAAAUCAUCCGGUUUACACCACUCAUUAUCUCCCAGGCGGUCCUUUGUUUUAAAGUUGCUCUCUCUCCUUCGCUUUCUCUCCCUCCGCCCCCCUCCUUUGUCAUCUCUCUUUUUCCUAAUUUAGCACAAGGAUGUCGGUCGCUCAUGGUCUGAGUCACACCGUAGGUUGAUUUCUGCUAUUGUUCAAAGCCACAGUAUUAUUUUUCAAUGUGCAUGUGUAAGCAAAAACCUGUUGAAUUUGUUUUCCCUUUGUUUGAAUCAUAACUGUCAAGUUUUGUUAUUUUAUUUCUUUUAUUUUUUGCCAUUCACUUUUUUUUCGCCGCUUCUCAGCGUAACCUAUUGGCACCAGCUACAAUGGAUAUAACGUUCCACCAGUUUGGAAACAUCCGCAUUAUUGAUAAAUAAAAUUUUUCCCAUGGAAAAA